GUUUAGAGGCAUCUGGAAGAGUCGGUUGACAAGAAGCGUGCGUGCGAGUGGAUUUACGAGGUCUCCGGAGUAUAAUAUAUGUGUAUAACUGUUGUGUGUGAAAUAAAGUGAAUUAUUUGAAUUUCCGAAUCCCUCCUAUAUCUUUACAAUAUAUUAUUGCAUUAAUUGAAGCAAGAUGAAGUUUGCAGAACAUUUGUCUGCUCACAUUACGCCUGAAUGGCGUAAGCAAUACAUAAGCUACGAGGAAAUGAAGGUAAUGCUCUAUACUGCUAUAGAAGAAGCGCCGUCAGCUGAAAGUGUUGUUCGUGAUAUUUCGAUCGCACCGAUAGAAAGUUCUGAUCAAACGCAAAUUUUGCGUAUGAUGGGUGAAGAAGAAAAUGUUGUACUCAAUAGAGGUAAACGUAAAGUUGGUGGUAAACGACAAGCUACUAGUAAAGAAGACAAACGGGCAUUGCUGAAAGAAGAAACAGUUGAUAUAGAUAUAUCAAAUGCCAGUUAAAAAUAGUUCAAUUGUUUUAUUAUCAGAACCUACGCAAAGCAAUAUUAUUCCAAAUUUAAUGUAAUUUUUAUAUAGGCAAUAGUUUGCCAGAAAGAGUGCAGGUCGUACUUUAUGAACAAUUAAUAUUUCCUUUGUGCAUCAAAAUUUAAGAUUGUGAGGCUGAACUGAACAAGUGCCUUGUAUAUAUCCUGUUUAUUAAACUAUGAAUUUAAUAACUUAGUGUAAAGAUAUAGAAGGGAUUCGGAAAUUCAAAUAGUUCACUUUAUUCAACACACAACAGUUAUAAACAUAUGUUAUACUCUAAAGACCUCGUAAACCUACUCGCACGCUCGCUUGUUGUCAACCGACUCUUCCAGAUGCUUCUUAACGUCUGCUUAUCGGAUUUACAUGAUUUGUCGAAUUACUUAAUAGAACCUUUAAACCUUAUUACUUUAUUUACAUUCCUCUUAGUUUACAUUCAUCCAUGACCUAAACCUUUCAAAUUUCUCUCUACACAGUGCCUUCGUAAAAAUAUCCGCAGUAUUUUCGCCUGUACUUACUUUAAUUAUAUUUAUCUUGUUUUCCUCUAAGCACUCGUGAA